GUUUAAUGCCAAUGACUUGCCCAAAUGGAGACUUGUGAUUGGGUAACGCGCAUUUCACUAGUGCAUGAGCGUGUCCUUGCUUCAGAAUCAGUUUGGGACGAUGGCAAUCAAGACACAGAGAGUUCGCGUUGGGAUCAUCGGCGGAGGCGCAGCGGGCAUCAUUACGGCCAAGUGUCUGCGAGAUGUAGGGCACGAGGUGGUUGUGUUCGAGAAGGCGGCGAAUGUGGGAGGUGUGUGGAAGUACGACGAGUUAGCUGAUGCCCCGUCGUCGGUGCUGUACAAGUCACUGCACACGAACCUACCGACGGCCAUCAUGCAACUCAAGGAGUUUCCGUUCCAGAAGGGAGUGCCCAGCUUCCCGUCGCACGUGGAUGUGCUGACCUACCUGCAGAACUACUCGAAGCACUUCCAGGUGGACAACGUUGUGCGUCUGAACUCAGCGGUGACGAGUCUGUCAAAGGUUUCGGGGCAGUGGAAGAUUGGCGUAUCGUCGGAGGAGAAGGGCGACUACGAGGAAGAAUUCGACCGCGUUGUCGUCUGCAACGGCCACUUUUCCCAGCCUUCACUUGCCCCGAUUAAGGGCAUUGAGCACUACAAAGGCACUGUCUCCCAUUCACGAUCAUACCGCACACCGGAGUCGUACAAGGGCAAGCGUGUUGUAGUGAUUGGACGAGGACCUUCGGGCCAAGACAUUUCUCUUGAGCUAGCCAGGAGUGGAGCUGCGGAGGUGAUUGUUGCAACACUGGACUAUGACCCGAAUGCUAUUGACCCCCAAGAUUCGCGUGUGCUGAAGCCUGCCAUUGACCACAUCGCUGAAGAUGGUUCCGUGGUGUUCACGGAUGGGUCAAUCAUUGCUUCGCCUGACGAGAUCAUGCACUGCACGGGAUACCUGUACACGGUGAAGGAUCUUUUCCCGUCCGAACUGCUUUUCCCUAAGGCCUUUGUCCAGCCGAACGGUUUAAGCGAUGAGAUUGCUGCGGACCUGCUGCAGUGCACGACCAACGGAACUGCUGUGGCUCCAGUCUACAAGCAGUUGUUUGCUAUCGAGGAUCCAACGGCUGCUUUCGUUGGACUUCCUUUCAGCAACCUGCCGUUCCUGUGCUUCCAGCUCCAAGCUCGAUGGAUUGCGCGCGUGUUUGGUGGAUCCGCUCUCCUUCCCUCAAAGGAGGACAUGUAUGCGGAUUUCUUCGCCUACCUCGGCACUCUGAAGGAUGGUGUGAGGAAGCUGCACCAACUGGGAACUCGCCAAAAGGAUUAUUUUACUGAGUUGGCAGCUCUUUCCAACUUCGAAGUAGGGGAAGAAAUCCAUGAGAUUUAUGAGGACUCGCGCUUCUUGCGUCAAAACUUCCCGUACGCCUACCGCACUGCCGAAUUCCAACAGGACAAAACCACAGGGAAGUGGGUUCGCCGCAUCAAGUCAAGUGAGCCACCUUCGGAGCUUGUGGCGGAAUUCUCGGGUUGACCUUCCUGUCCUCUCAUUCCAAUGACGUUGAUUCACUGUGACACACUUUAGAUCGUAUUUCUGAAGUAAAUCUCAUUGCUGUCGUUAAGAACAUGACACAUCUUCGAAAUGAUCGAUAAAUUUGUUAUGGUACUGAGUAG